GGCGUCUCCAGACUAACCCGUCUGCGGUAACAUAUUCGCCGUCUCCAUAACACAACUUCGCAUCGAGUCUUUGCGCGGGGUUCCACGUGAAAGCCUCGUGAACUCUGUCGAGCUGUACGUGUCGAGGCAACUUUGGCAUUGAUCACGAACAGAUACUUGGCUCUCUUCUAGCUCUUAAAACGCUUGUCCCAGUCCUGGAUUUUUCGACCGUCAUUCGACUUGCAGCGCCACUUCCCUCCACAACACACACCUGCACAAUGAAUGCCCUCAGGAACCAAGUCAAGCUGUCUGCGACACUCAACUCGCGGGCAAUUAGCGCUGGUGCCGUUCGGACUCAACAACCUUUUCAGACGAGAGGCGUUGCCACUGCCCCAACUCGCUUCAAACUCAACACAGGCGCCAGCAUUCCCGCAAUUGGCUUCGGAACAUUUCAGGACCCCGACGCUCAAGAAGUCGCUGUCUCCCGAGCUUUGAAGGCUGGAUUGCGUCUCAUUGAUACGGCGCGAGUGUACAACGUCGAAAAGGAAGUGGGAAGGGGCAUCAAGCGCAGCGGUAUCCCCAGAGAAGACAUCUUCCUCGGCACAAAGCUAUGGUGCAACAACUUCCACCCUGAUGACGUCGAGAGAGCUUUGGACGAGUCUUUGACAGACCUUGACACGCCUUAUGUGGAUCUUCUCAUGAUGCAUUACCCCUGUACCUUCCAGAGAGGUGAAGAUCGCUUUCCCAGAGACAAAGAUGGCAAGAUGAUCCACGGUAAGACAAACUAUGUGGAUACUUGGAAGGCUAUGGAGAGGUUGGUCAAGACUGGCAAGGUCAAGGCUAUUGGCGUCUCCAAUUUCAGCAAGGGCGAGCUGGAGAGAUUGAUUAACGAGUCUUCGACGGUCCCUGCCGUUCACCAAAUGGAGGUUCACCCGUACCUUCAGCAGAAGGGUUUCAACGGAUGGCUCCGCUCCCAAGGAAUCCACGUUGUUCAGUUCAGCCCCCUCGGAAACAUGAACGACUUCUACCGCGCGACAGGCUGGAGUAAGGAGGUUGCACACAUGAUGCGCGUCAUUGAUCAGCCCCUCCUAAAGCAGCUUGGUGAGAAGUAUGGCAAGAGUGCCGUGCAGAUUGUUCUGUCUUGGGGGAUCAACAGCGGUCGCUCUGUCAUCCCUAAGAGUACCGUCGAUUGGCAAAUCAAGGAGAACACCGAGGCUGACUUCAAGAUGGAGCCUGAAGAUAUGAAGGCUAUUGAGACGUUGGAUAGCAAGGCGAGAUUCAACGAUCCCAGCUUGGACUAUCGGUGGAGGCUCUAUAGUGAUCUUGAGGGUAUCGAGGGCACAAAAGAUGGUCGAACUCAUUAGUUCUACUAAAACAAGGUUAUAUAUAGGCUCUAGAAACCCACACAAACGGUUCAAUCUACGGCGACGUCUUGGUACAAUAUCGUGCGCCAUUCUUGCUGGAAGAAUCUACGAAGGUCCUUAGAGAAGAAAAAGAAAGUCCUCACCAAGAGAAUCACUUAAAUACGUGACACUGACAACUUCUAAAUGACAACAAGGUCCAAAUAAACUUUGUAUUCUAUUUG